UCUGCUCCGGAGAGCGUGGAAGAUACAGGAGUGAAAGAGGCAGUGCAGGUGUGGAAGAGAGAAGUGGAGGAGGGAAGUUUAACUUGUAAGGCAGUAAGAUUGACUGCUGUUGGACUUGAACUACAAUCAUGGGGUUUGGAAGAGGAAAGGAUAACUACAAACUGGCAGCAACGUCAGAAAAUGGAGGAAAGAAAAGCAAGAAGGCUAGAAAGAAGAAGGACAUGGAUGAGCUGAAGAAAGAAGUGGACCUGGAUGAUCACAGGUUAACCUUGGAAGAACUAAUCAGGAAAUAUGGAACUGACCUAACCAGGGGUCUCUCCUCAUCCAGAGCAAAAGAGAUCCUGGCCCGAGAUGGCCCCAACGCCCUCACACCUCCUCCUACGACGCCUGAAUGGGUCAAGUUCUGCAAACAGCUGUUUGGUGGUUUCUCCAUGCUGCUGUGGAUUGGUGCCAUCCUCUGCUUUUUGGCUUACAGUAUCCAGGCUGCCUCAGAAGAUGAACCUGCAAAUGAUAACUUGUACCUAGGUAUUGUGCUUUCUGCUGUCGUCAUCAUCACCGGUUGCUUCUCCUACUAUCAAGAGGCCAAGAGCUCCAAGAUCAUGGAGUCCUUCAAGAACAUGGUCCCACAGCAAGCCCUGGUUAUCCGUGAUGGCGAGAAGAAGAGCAUCAACGCUGAAGAGGUGGUGCUCGGAGAUUUAGUGGAGGUGAAAGGAGGAGAUCGAAUUCCUGCUGAUCUGAGAGUCGUCUCUGCUCAAGGCUGCAAGGUGGACAACUCCUCCCUGACUGGUGAAUCAGAGCCCCAGACUCGAUCUCCAGAGUUCUCCAAUGAAAACCCACUGGAAACCAGGAAUAUUGCUUUCUUCUCCACCAACUGUGUUGAAGGCACAGCCAGAGGAGUCGUCAUCAACAUUGGUGAUAAUACCGUCAUGGGCCGUAUCGCCACCCUGGCUUCCAGUCUAGAGGGCGGAAAAACUCCCAUUGCCAUUGAGAUCGAGCAUUUUAUCCACAUCAUCACUGGAGUGGCCGUCUUCCUGGGAGUAACUUUCUUCAUCCUCUCUCUCAUCCUUGGAUAUGGCUGGCUGGAGGCUGUCAUCUUCCUCAUUGGUAUCAUUGUCGCCAACGUGCCAGAAGGUCUCUUGGCUACUGUCACUGUGUGUCUGACCCUGACUGCUAAGCGUAUGGCCAAGAAGAACUGCCUGGUGAAGAAUUUGGAAGCUGUCGAGACUCUGGGCUCCACCUCCACCAUCUGUUCUGACAAGACCGGCACCCUGACCCAGAACAGAAUGACUGUGGCUCACAUGUGGUUUGACAACCAGAUCCAUGAGGCCGACACCACUGAGAACCAGAGCGGUACCUCUUUUGACAGGAGCUCUGCCACCUGGGCUGCUCUGUCCAGAAUUGCCGGACUCUGCAACCGUGCCGUCUUCCUGGCUGACCAGAGCAACAUUCCCAUUCUGAAGAGAAAUGUCGCUGGUGAUGCCUCAGAAGCCGCCUUGCUGAAGUGUAUUGAGUUGUGCUGCGGAUCUGUCAGUGGAAUGAGAGACAAAUACCCCAAAAUUGCUGAAAUCCCUUUCAAUUCCACAAACAAAUAUCAGCUCUCCAUCCAUAAGAACAGUACACCUGGGGAAACCAAGCAUCUGCUGGUGAUGAAAGGAGCUCCAGAGAGGAUUUUGGAUCGCUGCUCCACCAUCAUGCUUCAGGGCAAAGAGCAGGCUCUGGAUGAUGAGAUGAAAGACUCUUUCAAUAAUGCCUAUGUUGAGUUGGGAGGCCUUGGAGAGAGAGUACUGGGUUUCUGCCAGUAUCACCUGCCUGAUGACCAGUUCCCAGAGGGAUUUGCUUUUGAUACUGAUGAAGUGAACUUCCCCACUGAGAACCUGUGCUUCGUCGGACUCAUGGCCAUGAUUGACCCUCCUCGUGCUGCUGUGCCUGAUGCUGUUGGUAAAUGCAGGAGUGCUGGAAUCAAGGUCAUCAUGGUCACAGGUGACCAUCCAAUUACAGCCAAGGCUAUUGCUAAAGGUGUGGGUAUCAUCUCAGAAGGCAAUGAGACUGUUGAAGACAUUGCUGCCCGCUUAAAUAUUCCAGUUUCAGAGGUCAACCCUAGGGAUGCUAAGGCCUGCGUCAUCCACGGUGGUGAGCUAAAAGACAUGACCACAGAGCAGAUUGACGAUGUGCUGAAGCACCACACAGAAAUUGUAUUUGCUAGGACCUCCCCUCAACAGAAACUGAUCAUUGUGGAAGGAUGCCAGAGACAGGGAGCCAUUGUGGCCGUGACAGGUGAUGGUGUGAACGACUCUCCAGCUCUGAAGAAAGCUGACAUUGGUGUCGCCAUGGGUAUCGCUGGAUCUGACGUCUCCAAGCAGGCUGCUGACAUGAUCCUGCUGGACGAUAACUUUGCCUCCAUUGUCACUGGAGUGGAAGAAGGCCGUCUGAUCUUUGACAACUUGAAGAAGUCCAUCGCCUACACUCUGACCAGCAACAUCCCCGAGAUCUCACCCUUCCUCCUCUUCAUCAUCGCCAACAUCCCUCUGCCCCUGGGAACCGUCACCAUCCUCUGUAUUGAUCUGGGAACUGACAUGGUCCCUGCCAUCUCCCUGGCUUAUGAGAAAGCUGAGAGCGACAUCAUGAAGAGACAGCCCAGAAACCCCAAAACAGACAAGCUAGUGAAUGAAAGGCUCAUCAGUAUAUCCUACGGACAGAUUGGUAUGAUGCAGGCCACAGCUGGCUUCUUCACAUAUUUUGUCAUCCUGGCUGAAAAUGGUUUCCUCCCCAUGGACCUGAUAGGACUGAGAGUGCUGUGGGAUGACAAAUAUGUAAAUGACCUGGAAGACAGCUAUGGACAGGAAUGGACAUAUGAGCGCAGAAAGAUUGUAGAGUUCACCUGCCACACAGCUUUCUUCACAAGCAUUGUGAUCGUCCAGUGGGCCGAUCUGAUCAUCUGUAAGACCAGGAGGAACUCCAUUUGGAAGCAAGGAAUGACGAACCACAUCCUCAUCUUUGGGCUCUUUGAGGAGACGGCUCUGGCUGCCUUCCUGUCAUACUGCCCGGGCAUGGAUGUUGCCCUAAGAAUGUACCCUAUGAAGCCAUUGUGGUGGUUCUGUGCCUUCCCCUACUCCCUCCUCAUCUUCCUUUAUGAUGAAGCCAGAAGAUAUAUCCUCAGACGAAACCCAGGAGGUAAGAGCUUCACUAACUCUUGACAUAUAUAACUAUCUGAGGCACCUAGGACACAUUUUUGCCUGUAUUCUCAGUAUUGUAAUCUGAAGGUAGUGGGGCGCAGAGGGAAUUUUUACUUGACAAAAAGUCAGAUGCAGAAAAAUGUGCUGUGUUGCUUAAAAUAUGUGCUCUCUGGACAUUUGGAAAGAAGAGGAUCGUAUUUUUGCAUAUUUUGGAGGUGAUUUUCUCCAAAAUUCGCCCCACACAUUGCAAUAAUCUCAAUGCAUGAAAAGCACUGAAGGCAGAGGAAAAAUGUGUCCCUUUAACAUAAUUAAACCGUGUAAACAAAACCCAUCUGAACGCGAGACCUUCUUUUUAGCUAUUUGGACAAACACACGGGAUUGAAAACACGACUGCAAAGUAGUGAAAUAUUGAUGGCUUUAAAAGGUGUUGAAACUUCUAAAAAAAACACAAAAACAAACAAUCUCCCUCCAGCGGCUGAUGUCAGUCUCAUUGAUUCAUUGAGGCUGACAUCACAGAGCACCUUUGUGAAGGUGCCCACUGUACUGUGUGAAAAUGAGACACAGGUGUGUGUGUGUGUGUGUGUGUGUGCGCGCGCUCAGCAAAAGUGGCGUAUGCCUCUCACGAGUCUAUUUUUCGUGGAUUCUCGUGCCCAGUAUCGCUGCCACAACUGCGUCCCUACACUGACCAGUGAGCUGAGGCAGAUGGCAGAGCCCGGUGGGAUUUGAACCCCCAACCCUGGUGUAGUUAAUGCAUCAUUCCACCCACAAAGCUGAACAGAACCUGUAUGCAGGGCUGGCUCUGAUGCAGCUGUGUGAGAGUGCGUGUGCGCUACAUCUGAGCCCCACGGCACAGAUCAGUGAACAUCCCACUGCCCAUCCAUGGUGAAUAAUGUGUUACAUUCAGACAGGAAAAAAACAAGUUGAGCUGACAUGGUUUCUAGCAACUUUGGCUUUUUUUCCUUUUCUUUCUUUUUUUUGAAAGUGCUAGCAAAUAAAUACUUUUUCCACUCCAUAAAUAGACCAAAGUUAACUGCCCUUAGAUUAUUUUUAACUUUUUUAAAACUACUUUUUUAACUCACAGUUUUUCCCAAAAGAAACCCAACAUGCUAAAUGGUAUAAUUCAAGCAUUUAGAGCAGGGAUGUCAAGCUCAUUUUACAUCAUGGGCCACAUACAGCCCAAUUUGA